AUGCCUAUUCUUCCUGCUAAAACGGGUCAGGGGUCCACGGGGUCCACGGGUCAGGAGUCCACGGGUCAGGGGUCCACGGGUCAGGGGUCCACGGGUCAGGAGUCCACGGGUCAGAGGUCCACGGGUCAGAGAUCCACGGGUCAGGGGUCCACGGGUCAGGAGUCCACGGGUCAGGGGUCCACGGGUCAGAGGUCCACGGGUCAGGGGUCCACGGGUCAGGGGUCCACGAGUCAGGGGUCCACGGGUCAGGAGUCCACGGGUCAGAGGUCCACGGGUCAGGGGUCCACGGGUCAGGAGUCCACGGGUCAGAGGUCCACGGGUCAGGGGUCCACGGGUCAGGGGUCCACGGGUCAGAGGUCCACGGGUCAGGGGUCCACGGGUCAGGAGUCCACGGGUCAGGGGUCCACGGGUCAGGGGUCCACGGGUCAGAGGUCCACGGGUCAGGGGUCCACGGGUCAGGAGUCCACGGGUCAGGAGUCCACGGGUCAGGGGUCCACGGGUCAGAGGUCCACGGGUCAGGAGUCCACGGGUCAGGGGUCCACGGGUCAGAGGUCCACGGGUCAGAGGUCCACGGGUCAGGAGUCCACGGGUCAGGGGUCCACGGGUCAGAGGUCCACGGGUCAGGAGUCCACGGGUCAGGGGUCCACGGGUCAGAGGUCCACGGGUCAGGGGUCCACGGGUCAGAGGUCCACGGGUCAGAGGUCCACGGGUCAGGGGUCCACGGGUCAGAGGUCCACGGGUCAGGGGUCCACGGGUCAGGAGUCCACGGGUCAGGGGUCCACGGGUCAGGGGUCCACGGGUCAGGGGUCCACGGGUCAGGAGUCCACGGGUCAGGAGUCCACGGGUCAGAGGUCCACGGGUCAGGGGUCCACGGGUCAGAGGUCCACGGGUCAGGGGUCCACGGGUCAGGGGUCCACGGGUCAGGGGUCCACGGGUCAGGGGUCCACGGGUCAGGAGUCCACGGGUCAGAGGUCCACGGGUCAGAGGUCCACGGGUCAGAGGUCCACGGGUCAGGAGUCCACGGGUCAGAGGUCCACGGGUCAGAGGUCCACGGGUCAGAGGUCCACGGGUCAGAGGUCCACGGGUCAGGGGUCCACGGGUCAGGAGUCCACGGGUCAGGAGUCCACGGGUCAGAGGUCCACGGGUCAGAGGUCCACGGGUCAGAGGUCCACGGGUCAGGGGUCCACGGGUCAGGGGUCCACGGGUCAGGGGUCCACGGGUCAGAGGUCCACGGGUCAGAGGUCCACGGGUCAGGGGUCCACGGGUCAGGAGUCCACGGGUCAGGAGUCCACGGGUCAGAGGUCCACGGGUCAGAGGUCCACGGGUCAGAGGUCCACGGGUCAGAGGUCCACGGGUCAGGGGUCCACGGGUCAGGGGUCCACGGGUCAGGGGUCCACGGGUCAGGAGUCCACGGGUCAGAGGUCCACGGGUCAGGGGUCCACGGGUCAGAGGUCCACGGGUCAGAGGUCCACGGGUCAGGAGUCCACGGGUCAGGGGUCCACGGGUCAGGAGUCCACGGGUCAGGAGUCCACGGGUCAGAGGUCCACGGGUCAGAGGUCCACGGGUCAGGAGUCCACGGGUCAGAGGUCCACGGGUCAGGAGUCCACGGGUCAGGAGUCCACGGGUCAGGGGUCCACGGGUCAGAGGUCCACGGGUCAGAGGUCCACGGGUCAGGAGUCCACGGGUCAGAGGUCCACGGGUCAGAGGUCCACGGGUCAGAGGUCCACGGGUCAGGAGUCCACGGGUCAGGAGUCCACGGGUCAGGAGUCCACGGGUCAGGGGUCCACGGGUCAGGGGUCCACGGGUCAGGGGUCCACGGGUCAGAGGUCCACGGGUCAGAGGUCCACGGGUCAGGAGUCCACGGGUCAGGGGUCCACGGGUCAGGGGUCCACGGGUCAGGGGUCCACGGGUCAGGGGUCCACGGGUCAGGGGUCCACGGGUCAGGGGUCCACGGGUCAGGGGUCCACGGGUCAGGGGUCCACGGGUCAGGAGUCCACGGGUCAGGGGUCCACGGGUCGGUGA